AUGGCGACUGUGCUAGCAGCUGCGACCCUAGUGGUCGGCGCGAUCGGCGCGGAUGUCUCGCUUGCCACAUUUGACGGAAAGCCGGGCACCACCUUUGAGUUCAAGGAGCUCAAUGACCCGGUGAUGGGUGGACAGUCCACGGGCACCUGGCGCGUGGACAGCGGAGGCUUCGGCAUCUUCGACGGUCAGGUGGUCGACGUGCCCAGCCUGAAGGCCCCGGGCUUCAUCAAAGCCGCGGCUGACGGCACCUUCCCCGACGCAUCCUCGGCAGCGAGUGGCGACUUGGUCUUGCAGGUACGCAGCUCCACGCCCGAGUACCAGGGCUUCCGGGUCUCUUUUGCCUCAGGCACCCUUGCCCCGAGCUACGCCUGUUCCGGCGGGGGCUCCAUUCCCAUGAGCCGCGGCUGCUACAAGGCAAAGUUCCAGGUGCCCAGCGGCGGCAACUUCACGGAGGUGCGCAUCCCCUUCAGCGCCUUCAGUGACAAGUGGAGCCCGGCCACCGGUGAGCAGACGGCAACUUGCGCCGAGGAUGCAUCCGUCUGCCCCACGGCCCAGCGCCUGUCGGCGAUCAAGCGCCUCGAGGUGUGGGCGGAAGGAGCACUCGGACGGAUUCACUUGGAGGUCCGGUCCAUCUCAGCCCGCUCGACAUCCGCCGCCGCUUCCCUGGAGGCGGUUCCCCCGCCCUUCAACAGCUGCCGCAGUCCCGUCCAGCGCCAGCUGCGGUACAACAUCUCCAGCCGCACUGAGCCCACUGUGCCAGUCCCGGUGGAUCCCUCGGAGAGCCUUGCGCAAGCCGUUUGCUGCGACAACCGCACGAAGGUGUACGCAGAGCCCCAGUUUCUGUACCAAGCCCCGGACAUCGCGCUGUUCGACAAGCUUUCGGGAACCACGACCUUCUACGACUCGGCCUGUGGGGUUCCCCUCUUCAAGGCUCCGGUGAACAGGAGCAUGGCCGAUUUCAAAGCCGACACGGACGAGCAUGGCUGGCCGUCAUUUCGCAAGGAAGAGGUGUUCUCUGAGCAUGUGACAGUUGACAAGGAUGGCUUCGUCUACUCCUCUUGCGGAACGCAUCUGGGAAGCUACUUGCCCGACAGCGCCGGGCCGAGGUAUUGCAUGGACUUAUCCUGCAUCGCAGGGAAUCCAGUUCAGCAGAUCAUGAUCUGA